UUUCAAAGGACUUUCAAGUUUAUUGCGGUAACGGCCUUUCCUCCUCACAUGCUUCGUCCAAUCCUCACAAAAACAAAACAGAGAAGCUUGUUUACUACUGUACGCUGUACUCACUGACAUCAAGAUGAGCUCUUCGCCAACCAAAGACCCAGGUGGAAACCUGCUUGCAUCUGGUAUUACCAGCGAAAUCAUGUGCUUUCAAGUCCUUGGAUUCCUGGACCGCGAAUCCAUUCAGCAAUGCCUUGACGAAACAACGCUGUGCGAUCAUUUUCUCCUCAAAACUUUCGUUUGCACCGAUCAUCUCACAGUCAUGAACAAUCAAAAGGAACUUCGCAAGGAACGGAUGCGAGACUAUGAGCACAAGACGCCCCACAAAGAACCGAGAGAAAUUGAGUGCGCCGACUGCGUGGAAAGCGAAUUUGGAAGGCGCCGUUGUGAAGAAUGUGAUGGUUUCUUUGAACAUGGAACUGUGAUAGAAUGCUCCGAUUGUCACAAGACUGGCUGCAUGUUUUGCUACAAAAAGCUCCAUUCCAACACACAUGAUCAUUCAUUCUGCGUAGAAUGCUCACCACCAAAAGAAACGUGCCGUGGCUGCGGAUUGGUGUACUGUGGCUGUGGAUGCAUGCAAGGACACCAUUGCAUCUCCUGCAACGUGCUCCUUGGCCCACUUGAAGAAGCUCCUCUAUUUCGAUUUGUAGAAGCUCCUCAGCAUCGAUUUGUAUUUAGAAUUCCCCGCAAUGAAGAUCGACCAUUGGCGGUCCGUGCUGGUCAAGUUCAUCAAGGAGGCAGAUUUGUUUUUGGAUUGCCGGUUGGCGUUGGUCAAGCUCAUCAAGGAGGCGGAUUUGUUUUUGGUGGAGCUCCCCGCGAUGAAGGUGCGCCUUUGCCGGUCCAUGCUGGUCAAGCUCCUCAAGGAGGCGGCUUUGUUUUUGGUCGAGCUCCCCGCGAUGAAGACCCGCCUUUGCCGGUUGCUGGUCAAGUUCGUCAAGGAGACGGAUUUGUUUUUGGCCGAGCUCCCGGCAAUGAAGAUCCACCUUUGGUGGUCCGUGUUGGCCAAGCUCACCAAGAAGGUGGAUUUGUUUUUGGCCGGGCUCCCCGCAAUGAAGACCGGCCUUUGCCGGUCCGUGCUGGUCAAGCUCAUCAAGUAGGGGCGUUUGUUUUUGGUGGCCAACCUAUGGUGGGGCGUCGCGAAGAGGGUGCCGAAGAUCCUGAUGGAUUUGAGAUUGCAAGACAGGCACCCCGGAAUGAUCCCGAAUUUGGAACGGGGCGUUGUCAAGAAUGUGAUGGUUCCUUUGAGCAUGGAAGACUGGUAGAAUGCUCCAAUUGUCACAAGACUGGCUGCAUGUUUUGCUUUAAAAGGCUCCAUUCCAACACACAUGGCCAUUCAUUCUGUGCAGCAUGCUCUCCACCAAAAGCAACGUGCCAUGGGUGCGGAGUGGUGUACUGUGGUUGUGGGUGCAUGCAAGGACAAGGUUGCAUCUGUUGCAACAUGCCCAUUGGCAUGCUUCCAGCUCGCCGAGAAGCUCCUCGAUUUGAAUUUAGAGCACCCUUUCGAUUCGGUCCCGAUGUCUGAUUGCCAAACAAACAAUGUCGCCGUCGUCCUUGGUGGUGCUUUACCGGAAGAUCUGUUGCGUGUUGGGAGAAGGGUUCCAUUGAAGACACGCCUCUUAGCGCAGAAGGGAAGCUAAUUUUGCCGUGUAUCAACGGAUGCGCUCAAAGCACAACACCUAGUACUCUUCUAGUACCUUAUAAUCUAUAAGUAUCAGUACACGU